UUUUCCUGAGGAGAGAUACGGGCUAUUUUAUGUUCGCUCGCCGGAUCGUCCUCCGCAGUAAGCAUUCGGUGUUCGAAGGAGACAAGUUUGUUGAGCAAGAUGCGUACACUACAAAGAACUUUCUUGGCAUUUUGCCUGUUUGCAUCAACCAUGGCCACACCAACUGGAAAAAAUUUGGCCCUUCAAGCUGUUUCUCAGGGUGCUCAUUUGUUCUCUACCAACUUUGUCAAGAAUGUUGCAACAGAAGCACCAGGCAAUUUGAUAUGCUCUCCCCUGAGCGCCAACAUCGCUCUGAGCAUGGCUGCUGACGGCGCUGUCGGAGCUACCGAGGCACAGUUUAAAGAUGUUCUCAAGCUUCCAGCUACGAAACCACAGACUCUGGAAGGUUACCAGAAUCUCAUCGAUAAAUUGAAUAAUGUUGAGAAUGUCACUUUGAAGCUCGCUAACAAGAUAUUUAUCGGCAAAAGUUUCCCAGUGAAACCUGAGUAUAAACAGGAUCUCGAGACAUACUAUCGUUCCGACAUUCACUAUCAGAAAAACUGGGUCGCCUAUUUGAAAUUAGGGAACCAUUAG